AUGGAGGAGUACAACAUUCUUAGCUGGAAUGUUCGAGGCCUAAAUAAAAGGGAAAAACAGAGGUCCCUUCAUGCAUUUUGUAGUUUGAAUAAAAUUGGUAUAGGUGCUUUUCUAGAGACCAAGUUACGUGGUAAUAAAUUGGAGGAAAAGAUGGCUAGUCAAUUUGUUGGCUGGAAGUUUUAUAAAGGGACUGCUAAUGAAGGUAGAAUUUUACUGGUUUGGCAGCUCAAUAUUAUGUCAGUGGAAGUUUUACAAGACAGUGAUCAAUUUAUACAUGCUUAUGUUAAAGAGUUAUGUUCGGGUAGAGAAUUCUAUUUAACGUUUGUGUAUGGUAAAACCACUAUUCAGGAGCGGAUUCAGUUAUGGCAGGAUUUAUCAUGUCUUUCUUUUCCAGUUACACCUUGGCUUGUGGCUGGAGACUUUAAUUCUAUGUUUGAGUUUGAUGAUCGGCUAGGAGGGCGUGCAGUUUCUGCUGCAGAAAUGGCUGAUGCUCAUAGAUGGAAAUCUAUGGGGUUGGUGGAUGAACUUCGAUCUAUUGGUUCUCAUUACACUUGGACCAAUAAUCAAGCUGCUGGGGCUAGAAUAUUCUCUAAACUGGAUCGUAUUUUUAAGAAUGAAGCUUGGAUGGAUUUGUUUCCUGAUUCUAUAGCAUAUAUAAAGUGGGAUAUAAUUUCUGACCACUGUUUUUGUAUUAUUAAAGCUAUUUCAGCUUUGAACUCAGGUUUUAAACCUUUCCGUUUCUUCAAUAUGUGGACUGAACAUGAAGGUUUCAAAGAUUCUGUUAUGCAAAGCUGGAACAAGUCGAUAAAAGCUCAUGGUUUAGAGGGAAUUAUGAGGAAAUUGGUGAGGCUAAAACAAGUCCUUCGCCAGUUCAAUAGAAGGGAGAUUGGUGAUGUUGAGCACAAGUUUAAUCUUGCCAAAGAGGCUUACCAUUCUGCCCAAUGUCAACUCCAACAGGACCCUCAUUCAGCUGAUUUUCAAAGGGAGGAACGGUCUACUUGUGAGACUUUUGUUAAGCAAGCCAAAUACUAUGAUAGUUAUCUAAGGCAGAGGAGCAAAGUCAACUGGCUUCGGUUUGGGGAUGAUAACACAGCCUAUUUUCAUGCUUGUUUGAAACAAAGGAAGGCUUCUAAUCGAAUUACUUCGUUUAUCAAUGAUGUUGGGCAGAUAAAUGAGAAGUUUGAGGAUGUAGUGGCUCAUUUCUUAAAUCAUUUUCGUAGUAUCAUGGGUAGUCACAGUAAGGCUUCUGUGCCAAUUCAAAGAGAGUGUUUUAUUCAUGGAGGCAUCUUGUCCUUAGAUCAGCAGCUGAAUUUGAUAAAACCUUUCACCAAGAAGGAUGUUACAGAUGCUAUGUUCAGUAUUAACUCGAUUAAGAGCUCGGGUCCCGAUGGAUAUGGUUCUGGCUUUUUCAAAGUAAUGUGGAAAGAGAUAGGAGAUGAAAUAUCAGAUGCUAUUUUGGGUAUUUUUUUAUCAUGGAUUGCUGCCCAAUGA